AAACCUGUCUCUCUGCAGGGCGGGGAGCGGAGCUUCCUCCUCAGAGUGCGGUGCGACGUCGCCGUAUUUUUCCUUCCGCCCUUGCCUCCGCGGGGCCGGGGCGAGCGAGGGGGCAAGCGGAAGGUUCGCUGGAGCCGAGGCCCGCGAUGCGCCCGGGGGGAGCAACGCAAGUCGCGGGGUCGCCGGCGACGGACGGGUCGCUGUGCGGGGAGCUGCUGCAGGCCCCGUCGCCCCCGGCCUUGCAGCCGCCUCCGGCCGCGCCGUCGGGGCCGCCACUCCCCGCUUCGGCCGGCGCGACCCUCAACCGCCUUCCGGAGCCGCUGCUGCGGAGACUCAGUGGGAGCCUGGACCGAGCGCCCGAGGGCCGGGGCUGGAGGAGGCUGGCCGAGGUGGCGGGAAGUCGGGGGCGCCUCCGGCUCAGUUGUCUGGACUUGGAGCAGUGUUCUCUUAAAGUCUUGGAGCCUGAAGGAAGUCCAAGCUUAUGUUUACUGAAACUGUUGGGUGAGAAAGGUUGCACGGUCACGGAACUGAGUGACUUCCUGCAGGCUAUGGAGCACACGGAGGUUCUUCUGCUUCUUAGCCCCCCAGGAAUAAAGAUCACCGUCAACCCAGAGUCAAAGGCAGUUUUGGCUGGACAGUUUGUCAAACUGUGUUGCCGGGCAACUGGACAUCCGUUUGUACAAUAUCAAUGGUUUAAAAUGAAUAAAGAGAUUCCAAACGGAAAUGCAUCAGAACUUAUUUUUAACACAGUGCAUGUAAAAGAUGCAGGCUUUUAUGUCUGUCGGGUUAAUAAUAAUUUCACCUUUGAAUUCAGCCAGUGGUCACAGCUGGAUGUUUGUGAUAUCACUGAAGUAACAGGAAGCUUCCAGGGAAGUGUGGAUGGCGUCUCUGAAUCCAGGUUGCAAAUCUGCGUUGAACCAAGGUCCCAAAAGCUGAUGCCUGGCAACACGUUGGUCUUACAGUGUGUUGCUGUUGGAAGCCCCAUUCCUCACUACCAGUGGUUCAAAAAUGAAUCACCGUUACUACAUGAGACCAAAAAGCUAUACAUGGUACCUUAUGUGGAUCUGGAACAUCAGGGAACCUACUGGUGUCAUGUAUAUAAUGAUCGAGACAGUCAAGAUAGCAAGAAGGUAGAAAUCAUCAUAGGAAGAACAGAUGAGGCAGUGGAGUGCACUGAAGAUGAAUUAAAUAAUCUUGGACAUCCUGACAAUAAAGAGCAAACAGCUGAUCAGCCUUUGGCAAAGGACAAGGUUGCUCUUUUGAUAGGAAAUAUGAAUUACUGGGAGCACCCCAAGCUUAAAGCGCCAUUGGUGGAUGUGUAUGAAUUGACCAACUUGUUAAGACAACUAGAUUUCAAAGUUGUUUCACUGUUGGAUCUCACUGAGUAUGAGAUGCGAAAUGCUGUGGAUGAAUUUUUACUACUUUUAGACAAAGGAGUAUAUGGAUUGUUAUAUUAUGCAGGACAUGGUUAUGAAAACUUUGGCAACAGCUUUAUGGUCCCUGUUGAUGCUCCAAAUCCAUAUAGGUCUGAAAACUGUCUGUGUGUGCAAAAUAUACUGAAAUUGAUGCAAGAGAAAGAAACUGGGCUUAACGUGUUCUUGUUGGACAUGUGUAGGAAAAGAAACGACUAUGAUGACACUAUCCCAAUCUUGGAUGCGCUAAAAGUCACUGCCAAUAUUGUGUUUGGAUACGCCACGUGUCAAGGAGCAGAAGCUUUUGAAAUCCAGCAUUCUGGGCUGGCAAAUGGCAUUUUCAUGAAAUUUUUAAAAGAUAGAUUAUUAGAAGACAAGAAAAUUACUGUGUUACUGGAUGAAGUUGCAGAAGAUAUGGGUAAAUGUCACCUCACCAAAGGCAAACAGGCUCUAGAGAUUCGGAGUAGCUUGUCUGAAAAGAGAGCACUCACUGACCCAAUCCAGGGAACAGCGUAUUCUGCGGAGUCUCUGGUGCGGAAUCUGCAGUGGGCCAAAGCACACGAACUCCCAGAAAGUAUGUGUCUUAAAUUUCAGUGCGGCGUUCAGAUUCAGUUAGGGUUUGCCGCCGAAUUCUCCAAUGUCAUGAUAAUCUACACAAGCAUAGUCCACAAGCCACCCGAUGUCCUGAUGUGCGAUGCCUAUGUUACCGAUUUUCCUCUUGACUUAGAUAUUGAUCCCAAAGAUGCAAACAAAGGGACGCCUGAGGAAACGGGCAGCUACUUCGUGUCCAAGGAUCUUCCCAAGCACUGCCUCUACACUAGGCUCAGCUCGCUGCAGAAAUUAAAGGAACAUCUGAUCUUCACAGUCUGCCUGUCGUAUCAGUACUCAGGCUUGGAAGAUACCGUCGAGGAGAAGCAGGAGGUGAAUGUGGGCAAACCCCUCAUUGCCAAACUGGACAUUCACCGAGGUUUGGGCAGGAAAACUUGCUUCCAAACGUGUAUUAUGUGUAACGGCCCUUACCAGACCGCGGCAUCCACCUCAGCGGGAACCGGCCGUUAUCCCUCAUCUCAGGACUCAUUCCCCGGUGUUUACCAUUCGCACCUUGGUAACUCCAGUAACGUCUUGCCAUCAGAUGACUGUCGAUGCAGCCGGAUGGCAGAUGCAUUUAUUUCAAGUCACCACACCCACCAUUAUCCAUGCCAGUUCGGGAGGAGCAAUGUGCCAGUGGAGACAACUGAUGACAUGCCAUUCAAUCUCUCUGAGGGACUCCGAAUUUCUGAAAACUGACCUCCUUAUUUUCGGAAGUUAUCAUAAUUACUCGAUGCCUCCAGUGCAACAGUACUGACGUGAAGAGAGGCAUCAUAAAAAAGUAAAACAUGGAUCUGUAGAGAGAGAAGAUCUGUGAUAGUAUUUCAUGGCAAACCCAGGACUUUGAAGUGUUGGAGUUACAUUAUUGACCGAUGGACUUCCUCUUCAUUCUCUUUUAAGAGUUGGUGAAUUGGUUGACUUUUGUAAGAAUGAAGAAUGGUUGUGUAUAUGUUUAUAUGUUUGUAACAAAAAUAUUUUCAUUUUGAGCACUGAAGUAAGAACAAUGGGAAUGGCAUUGUAGAAUAAGUCAUUGUGUUAUGAGAAUCAGGAAGAAAAACAUUGGUGAUCAUCGGGCUUAACCUAGUUUCAUCACUGGGAGAAACAGAUUAUGUCAUCUUGUUUACAUUAGUGCUGGCCCACCGCUGAGACCUCCAGAUUUCUGUUCCAGUGUUUAUCCCUCUAUACGCUUCCUUUCUGACAGGUUCUGAGACAGGUGUUAUGUUUUAGGUGGAUUUAAAGAUAAUAUGUAAAUACACAUGUCUGUAUAUAAUCUAGAAAUGUACAAACUUUAAUUUGUGAUUAUAGGACUUUACCGCAAGUGUCAAUUAAGACGUUUGUAUAUAAAUCUUAUGUAGAACAGGCCGAAGUUUCUUGUUAAGGUCAUGAAAGCACAUGGAGAGAUGAUGCAAUGUUUGUCUGUGUUAGAGCAAGACAGCAAAACAUCGCUGUCUCUGGGUAAUCUUGGCAGCUGACACUGGAUAUGUCUUCCUGGAUAACAUUUUCUUAACGAAUUUAAUCUUACCACCUUUCAUCCUACCUAGAGCCUGUCAAAAAGGCAAGUGCCAAUAACAAAAAUAUUGAAUUAGUAAUUUUAAAGCAUUCCACAAAGAAACUACCAGGCCCAGAUAGCUUCACUGCUGUAUUCUGCCAAACAUUUCAAGAAUUAGCACCAGUCCUUUGCAAACUCUCCCCAAAAAUGGGAGGAGAAAGAACACUUCCCAACUCAUUCUAUAAAGCCAGUAUUACCCUGAUACAAAACCAAGUGAAGACAUUCCAAGAAAACAACAGCUCGAUACCUGUUAUGAAUGGAGAAUCAAAAGUCAUCAACAAAAUACUAGCAAACUGAGUCUGGCAAUAUAUAAAAAGGAUUAUCCACCAUGACCAAGUAAGAUUUAUCCCAGGAAUGCAAGGUUUGUUUAACAUCCAAAAAUCAAUGUCGUAUGCAGACAAUUCUCAUUAUUCCCAGUAGGUAUAGUCUAGGAAGUCACUAUGGAUACUGAACUAGUGAAUGCAGAGCCAUUGCUCCUAGGGGAAGUGUUUGUGUAUUCAUAUCUCAAAUAGACUAUAAUCUUAAAUCCUGAAAACAGUUUAUCCUGGUAUACUGUUUUAUUUUACAAAAGAGAAAAUGAGGUUCAGAAAUAUUAAGUGACCUUCCUAAGACCACCCCACUAAUAACUGCCAGAGGUGGGAUUCAUACCUGUCCAACUGGCCCCAGAGCCAGAGCUUACCCAGCCCUGCCCCCACCCCCUCAUCUUCUGGUCAUGUCUGGGGGUGGACAGUGAAACAGAGGCAGAGCACAUCCUCAUUCACCCCUGCUGGAACCAUGUGUAUCAGGAAAUUGAUGGGUCUGCACAUAUCUAUGAAUGAUCAUAGAAGUGCUGACAGUUUUGAUUGGGGAUUACAAACAAAUUUUACAAAUAAAUUGAUAAAUUUAUAAACAGACUCAUAAAUAAUGAAGAUCAACUGUUCCAUGUUCAUAAAGCACUAAAUGACUACAUUGACUUCAUUGUUUUAACAGUUGGAGAAAGAACAUUUGAUAAAAUUCAUCACCUUUCAUGAUAAAAACACUUAAUAAACUAGGAAUAAAAUGGAAAUUCCUCAAUAUGAUAAACAGCAUCUACAAAAAACCCACACCUGACAUCAUUAUUGGCAACAGACUGAAUUCUGAAUAUCCUCCCCCCAAAAUCAGGAAUAAGACAAGAAUGUUCACUCUCAUCCCUUCUAGUCAACAUUGUACUUGAGGUUCUAGCCAGGGAAUUAGGCAAGAAAAAGAAAGAAAAGUCAAUCAUACUGGAAAAGAAGUAAAAUUGUGUAUGUACAGAUGGCAUAAUCUUAUAAUUCUAAGAAAUUCAUUUAAAAACUAAUAAAUGAAUUCACCAGGCUAGAGGAUAGAUACGAGAUCAAUAUACAGAGAUCAGCUUUAUUUUAAUGUCAGCAGUGAAUUCUGAAAUUGAGAUUUGCUGUAAAUUCUAUUUACAAUAGCAUCAAGAGGAAUAAAAACUAUGCAACACUGUUGAAAUUAAAGAAGACCUAAAUACAUGGAAAUACAUUGUUCAUGGAUUGGAAGACUACACUGUUAAGAUGCAAAUGCUCCCCAAAUUGCUUCACAGAGUUCCUGUAGUUCCUGUCAAAAUCCCAGCUGGCUCAUUUGCAAAAAUUGACAAACUGAUAAAAUUCACAUGCAAAAGACAAAAGCCAAAACAAUCUUGAAAAAGAACAAGGUUGGAAGACUCACACUUAACCAAUUUCAAAACUUAAUCUCAGAGCUACAGUAACUGAGACUGUGUGAUACUGGCAUAAAGAUAAACAUGGAUUGAGGGCAUAUAAAAUAUAACUGAGAAUCCAGAAAUAAACUUAUGAUGUUUAUGAUCGAUUGCUUUUUGACAAGAGUGCCAAAGCAUUCAAUAAGAGUAAUCUCUUCAACAAAUAGUCCUAGGACAGCUGGAUAGCCAAGUGCUAAAGGAUCCCCCCUCUUUACGCCAUACACAAAUUUCAACCCAAGAUGGAUCGUAUACCUAAAUAUAAGAGCCAAAACUGUGAAACUGGCAAGAAAACAUACAAGCAAAUCUUUGUGACCUUGGACUAAGCGAUGGUUUCUUAUAUACAACACCAAAAGCACAAGCAAUAAGGAAAAAAAAAAAUUGGCACUUCCUCCAAAUGAACUUUCAUGUUUUAAAGAACACCAUCAAGGAAGUGAAAAGACAACCUACGGAACAGGAGAAAGUUUUUGAAAAUUGUGUCUGAUAAGGUACUUGUAUCCAGAGUGGAUACAGAACUUCUCUAAUAAUAAGCAAUUUAUAUACUAGUGUUUAAUUAUGGUUACUGUAGACCAGUAACCAGUGAACUGUCCGACGGGCCGUCUGUGAGGAUGGACGUGUUCCAGGUGAGUGCUCCGGGCGUGCCAGCCUCUAGCCCCGUGUGGUAGAGAGCAGCGGACAUACAUCUUGUUUUCAUAUGCAACUGUGCAGCUGUUCAUUCUGUAUAUUUGAGUUUUUAAAAGCGUGUAUUUAUAAUUUUAAAACAUUUUUUAAGAACAAUUGUGUCAAAAAAUUUUACAAAUAAAAUAACAAUUGUGUA